AUGAAAACCUAUCGUUUUAUUGAACUAUAUGGGCUCACUUUAUAUGGUGCUAGAACUUGGGCAGAAGAGAAACGAGAACAAUUAGCGUACCGAUUAAAUUGGUUAAGCGUUGAACUUGUUAAAAAAUCAUUACAACAAGAAGGUUAUGUACUUCUUUCUGGUAUAUUUGAAUGGCCUAUCAUGAUAAAAUGGACACAGAAUCCCAAAUAUUAUCUUGAUACUGAAGAAAAUCGCAUUUUUAGGUAUUUUGUUAGAAAGGACAUGUUGGGACCACGUGACAUAGAAUCCAUAAAAACCCAUAGUCGGCUAACUAGUGACUGGUGGUAUAAACCUAAAGUAUGGUUAGAAGAUUCUCAAAACAAAAAAUGGGCAUAUAGACGGUGCUAA